GGAGGGAAGCAGUGGAAAAUAAGUUAGGCAGUCAGUGAAGAUGGCUCCUCAACUCUACAUCAGCGUGUAUAAAGAGCAGUUUGCCUCUCCUGGCAGAGCAAAACGAGAACAACUACGACCCACCUCUGCCCACCGCAGGAACAACCCCCAGCCCCGGCCGGACUUUCUGUUUCCCCGGAGUCUCCUGUCCAACUACAGGCCACACCACAUGCUAUCCCACCCCUUGCCCCCUGUGGACACUGGCCGUCCUCUCUUGCCCCCUGUCAGACAUUUAUCGUUCCACAGUCCAGUUACGACUUGUCCUGACAUCCAUCUAAAGUCAGAGGAAACAUGCAAACCAAACCACAUGCCUCCUGUCAGCCCAUCCGUGGUACAGCCUCUGCCCUCUGCUGACGGACUACAGAAACUACAGCUGAUUGAGCCUCCUGCAGGCCCUGGAUUUAAGCUCCAGGGAGCUUUGAAGAACCUAGCAAGAAUGGACAAUCAGAGAAAUGUUCAUCCACUCUCGGCACAGCAACUCAGGCAACAUGCAGUCGCUCAGCUUCAUGCAAGACCUCUAACCAGCAACCCUUUAGCAGAUCGACGCCACUUUCCGCAGACACAACACUGGAGGUCAAGUUCUAAUAGCAACCUGGAUUAUAGCAGCGGGUGCUACAGCUGCUUCCAUGUGGUGAAGCCCUACAAGGCUGGACACUACAUCAUACACCCAGAGUUUGUGUCUGAGUGCCUUCGUUAGGAGUGUUAGAGCACUGGCUUCCGAACUGGGGACUGGAGACCCGCAGAGGUCCUUGAGGGGGCUCAGGGGGUUUCUGAGCAAAAUGAGGGAUCAUUAACUUCACUAUUGUUUAAUCCUCUACUAAUUAACCCAGCGAGACAAAGUGUAAGGAUGAAUAAUGUGGCUGUUGGCUGCACUCUCACCACUGUUAUCUCCCCACAUACAGCGUGGACACUUUUACAAUUCAAUAGCCUAUUAAAUCAGCAGCAAAGAUCUUCCCAUAAGGGGGCUUGUGGUGAUCAAAUCAAAUGAGGCACUGUGGCCCUAAUGUGUAUCUGUCCAUGACGUUAAAAUUAUAUCCUACUAUUACAGAGAUAAUUGUCUACAUGUGAUAUAGGAAUUCUUUAUUUGGAGCAUUAAAACAGAAACAGUACUGCAAACAAUGAAACUACUCAGGGGUAUUAACGACUUAUUUUGGUGAUUAUUAUGGGCACUUUCUAGCUCUACCACAUAGUAGAUAAAAGAUACCACCAGUGCUGAUAAGGUCAUCACGUUGCUGAUGGACCUAAAAAAAAUAUUCUUAUGGCUUUUAUUUCACAGUUCUUUCAAACAUGUUUCUGCUAAUGUGCCUCUCACUAUACAUCAGUGUGUUAUGUGAAGUUUAUUUAAGCAUUGUGAUUUGCUCAAAUCACGUGAACGAGUGUAAACUGCACAGAAUGAGAGAAUAAAAAGACCUCUGUUCCCACCGACUGGACUACAUUUCCCAUGUGGCUGUGCGCGCUCGACGAGGCGGAUACGCAACAACAUGCCUUGAUGCCUCUUGGUCCAAUGUGAACUGUGGCAAACAAGUUGUGCUUGGAGCUUCUGAGGGGUUCUGCCACUAGUCGGCAAGACAAACAAAGUGAGACAAAAAGGUUUCCUGGAAUACAUUUCCAUGAUCCUUAGACCCGCCAACUGAUCAGUCAUGUACCAAGUUGUACCAGGCGGAGCAGGGGGGACAAUUACAGAUGUUGUCCCCAAGCAGAAACACAGCAAGGACACUCGACCCUUAGUCGGAGCUGGAGUAAUCGGCCUGGUGCUGGUGAUUGCAGCAGUGACUGCAUGGUGUUAUUACAUCGCCUCUCUACGCAAAGCUGAGCUGCUUAAAACUCAGCUGCUGGAUCUGAAUAAAGAUGGCUACAUUAUACGCAACCAGGGAGGGUCUAUUGUUUUCAGAAUGGAUUUCAGGUCAGGCACGCUGGAUUUGGAUUCAUGCUCCAAAGAAGGUUCCAUUCUGAGAUGUGGAUCCACCACAGAUAGAAAACUUAAUUUCUUUAUUGAGACAGUACGACCCAAGGACACGGUACAGUGCUACCGUGUGCGUUGGGAAGAACUGGUUCCUGACAUUCCUGUUGAGCAUGCCAUGACGUACAAGUUUGCACACUGGUACGGCGGUGCAGUGUCAGCAAUUCAGCACUGGCCCAUUUCUAUUUCAGGCCAACAGGCACCCAAGCCCUUUGUUACUAGUGACAUCUACUCAAACCGCAAUGAAUUUGGUGGAAUUUUGGAGAGUUAUUGGCUUUCAUCCAAUGCUACAGCCAUUAAGAUAAACAAUUCAGUACCCUUCCACCUGGGUUGGAAUGACACAGAGAAGACCAUGUACUUCCAGGCACGAUACAAUGACAGUCCUUUCAAGCCAAACCCUGGAGAGCCUCCAUGUGCUGAACUUAGCUACAGAGUAUGCGUGGGCUUGGAUGUAACAUCCAUACACAAGUACAUGGUCCGCAGAUACUUCAACAAACCAAACAAAGUGCCUGCCAAAGCCAUGUUUCGCCAUCCUAUAUGGUCUACUUGGGCACUACAUAAGACUGACAUUGACCAAGAGAAACUCUUAACCUACGCUGCCAACAUCCGCAAGUAUAACUUUAACUGUAGCCACCUGGCAUUAGAUGAUCGCUACAGCAGCCGAUAUGGAGAAUUUGAAUUUGACCCGGUAAAGUUCCCCAAUGCCUCUGCCAUGUUCCAAAAGUUGAAAUCUGAUGGAUUUCUGGUGUCAGUCUGGAUUCACCCUUUUGUGAACUAUGACUCAGAAAACUUCCAUGCUUGUGUAGAGAGAGGACUGUUUGUCCGCGAGCCAACAGGCCGGCUGCCAGCCUUGGUGCGCUGGUGGAAUGGUAUUGGCGGCAUUUUGGACUUCACAAAUCCAGAAGCUCGUGAUUGGUUUUCCCUUCAGCUACGUUCACUGCGCUCCAGGUAUGGUGUGUCAUCUUUUAAAUUUGAUGCAGGGGAAACCAACUACUUACCAUGGAAAUUUAGUACCAGAACUCCCAUUCGGGACCCAAGUUUUUUCACAAGACGUUACACUGAAAUGGCUAUUCCUUAUAAUGACAGAGCUGAGCUGCGCAGUGGCUACCAAUCCCAGAACAUAUCUUGCUUCUUCAGACCAAUUGACAGAGACUCAGUGUGGGGCUAUGAGUUGGGUCUCAAAUCUCUUAUCCCCACAGUUCUCACCAUCAGCAUUCUCGGCUAUCAGUUUAUUUUACCAGACAUGAUCGGAGGGAAUGCCUAUCUGAACCGCACAGAUGGAAAUCGUGCAUUACCUGAUCGAGAACUCUAUAUCCGCUGGCUGGAACUGGCAGCCUUCAUGCCCUCCAUGCAGUUUUCUAUUCCGCCUUGGGAAUAUGACAACGAGGUGGUUGAAAUUGCUCGGAAAUACACAGCCCUCCAUGAGAGUAUUGUGGCGCCACGGGUCCUGGAGCUGGCUGGUGAGGUGCUGGACACUGGGGAUCCAAUCAUACGGCCACUGUGGUGGAUUGCCACAGGUGAUGAGACAGCCUAUAAAAUCGACUCCCAAUUCCUGAUUGGAGAUGACCUCAUGGUAGCCCCAGUUUUAGAGCCUGGAAAGCAAGAGCGUGACAUCUACCUCCCCGCUGGCCGCUGGAGAAGCUACAAGGGGGAGAGAUUUGAUAUCAAGGAGCCCCUGCACCUCACAGACUAUCCUGUGGAUCUGGAUGAGAUUGCUUACUUUGUUUGGGUGUAGCAAGAAGGGAAUGUAAAACUAAACAGAUCUGAUUAGCUUAUGCUCCAAUCUGCUUGUAAGACAAGCCUCACAAAUUUAGCUUUUAUGCUUGACAGGAGAGACAGUGCAUGAAAAAGUUGUUUGUUAUUGAAAGGUUUUCUGUAAUUUAAAAUUCUAAUGCUACGUUACAUCACAAAUGUGAAAUUGCUUCACUCUAAAAUGUUUAAAACAUCAAAAUGUUUUAUUUCUUUUAAACUAAACCUCGUUCUCAUCCUCAUUCGUUUUUUGUGGUUUAAUGGGAAGAUGGUUAAAUAAUGUCCUUUAAAGAGAGACUAAGUCAUUUUUUUUGACUGGCAGCCACUGUUACUGAUAAAUGGUAAAACAUAAUAUAACAGUAGCACCAGUAUGGAAGAGUCGUUAAGUCAACAGACUGACUCAUCAGUGUCAGUUACACAACAACAUCUGUUUAGAGUUAGCUGACAGUAUGCCACCCUAAGCUACUGGUCAUACUAGACCAUGUAAGACUGUGCUAAACCUGCAUAUAUAUAAUAAAGUGAGUAAAGGUGUGUUUUAAUGCAUGGGAAUUCAGAUUUUCAUUUAUUCGAGAAAGUGUGUUAUUUAAUUUUUCAAAAGUUGCAUAGUCUCGCUUUAAAUGCUCUAAAAGUCUUAUAUGUGAAACAUUCACCUAAAAGGGAAUACACUAACUGUGAAGUGAGGAUGGCAUAUAAGUGCCACUGAAUGCCUUAAAGCUGUUAUGUUUUGAGUGUCACAGCACUUUGAAGCCAAAUAGAUUGUAUCAUGGGAGGACAACUGAAGAGGUGUCAUUUUUGUCAUUAAAUAGAUAGUAAGUUACAUAAAACAUUCUAUAUUGACAAAAAAAAAUUCUCAGUUCGACCGAGAUAUCCUUCUUUACUUUGACACUAAUGACUCUUCUGCUCGUCUGCUACAUGAUACUUUUCAGGAAAUCAGGUUUUAUGCUUCACUUAUCAGGAUGAAUGCUUGAAGUUUAAUCAUUACAAGCGGCAUGUGCUCUCCUUUGUGUAACAGUGUCAUGUAGCUACUCUUAGCUGAGAAGAAGAUUUGUUUUAUUUGGCACUAAAUAUUUUAUGCCCUUCCUCAGGUAACAGGUUUUUUUGGUUGUGGUGUGCUUUGAAGUAAUUGUAUUAAUUGUGCUUUGCUGACCUCCGAAUGUGACUGAACUACUAAUACUAUAAUGUACAGCACAUUGACUUUCACGUCCAACAUAAUAAAUUUCUUUUGGAGUAUUUUUUGAUGUUGGUAAAUAGCCUACUUAGUAUGCAGUGUGCAAGUUUUUAGAUGCAGUGCAUUUAGCAGCAUUCAGUGAUCAAAUGAAAUUGUGUUUUGUCACCUUGUGUUUUCUUAAUGUGAAUAUUUUGAUAUCUCCCAAUGCCAUUUGUUAAUAGUUACAGCCACAUACUAUGUGUGAUUUGAAUUUAUGCUAUACGUGUUACAUUUGUUACAUUUAUUAUGCAAUAUUAUUGUUAAUUCAAUCCUUUUAUUGGCAAUCACAUGGUCAACAUAACUGGAUUUUCCAUUAUGUAGCUGCAAUUUUUCAAAAAGAAAACAUUUUGUUCAUAGUUCUGGAUCAUGUACAACAUGUAAAAUCACAAACUUGGUUGUCUAGAAAUGUUGAUAUUGAUUAUGUCCAUGUUGGAAUAAAGCAGCAAACGUGUUCCUUUAAGUGACUUCUCACAAAGGAAAAGCCAAUAAAGAAAAAUACUGCUACCAUA